AUGUUUGACCUUCCAGAAGCAAAGAGGGUUCGAAGAGAGGAUCUGAAUGGGUCAGACAAUGGGAGUGAGAGUGAUGAUGGUAUUCAGGACGCUGAGCUGCGGGCGAGGCUGAAUGCGCAGAUCGCAAAGUCGCUGGGGUUGGACGACAGCUUCGCCCAGCCGGCCGCCGAUCUGAUUACGGGGGAUUCUCAUCUCGCAGGACCCAAAGGGUCAGGUGACGAAGAAGCAGGGGGUUCUGGUUCUCCUGAUGGGACAGGAGAGGAUGCCGAGGAGGAAUUUGCAUUCCGUCUCUUCAGUAGCGCCCCUGCCGCGCAAAAGGUUGUCCUGGAGGAAGAUGUUGAACCUACAGGCGAAGGCGAAUUCGUCCGUGGUCGACCACUAUCCUACUACGUGGUGACGAAUGUGCCCACACAACUGAAGCAACAAUACGCAUACGCAGCCAUGAGUGGGGACCAGGUGCUCGAAAGAUCGCACGAUAGGGCCUGGGGGCUCGAACUUCCUUGGAAGGUUACAACCAUCACGGUGACGAGAAAGGCCAAGUUGGGUGAGAAGACACAAGACGAGGCGAGCAAGAGCAAAAGACGGCCAGGCAAGAAGCAACGGAUAUCACUAAGGAAGAGGUCGAAAGCCAAGGAAGAAAAGAAGGCGGCCGAGGUGCAGAGACUGACGGAGAAGGAGGAGCAUAUCAAAGAUAAGAAGAAGAGGUUGAAUCGACUAAAGAAGCUGAGAAAGAGGGCCAAGGCGAGGGAACAGAAGCAAGCGGGCAACGGAGAGGGAGGAGGUUCUGAUGACGACUCUGCGGGUUCUGAGUAA